UUUGUUUACCUUCGUCGUGCGUGUUCGAAACAUCGACUCGAAUCAACAUCGCGGAAUUUCGAUAAAAAUCGGUUGAAAACCUAUCGUCGGUUCAAGGCACGAUGGCCAACAAGCCUCGCAAAGGACAGCAGCAGCAUGGUGGUAAGAAAGGCCGCGGCGGCAAACCGCCGCUAUCCGCGGCCAUGAAAAAGCAGCGCCGCCGGGAGCAGGCCCAAAAGGCACCGGUUUCGCGCUUCCGGAAGAACCUGCGCCACAUGGAGCGCAGCAAGGAAGCGAUGGAGGCUCUGAAGCGCCAGCAGGACGCCGAACGGAAGUACAAACAACGGAUGAAUUCGGCGGUGGAAGCGCAACGGGACUGGGCCGGGGAGAGUGAGGAGGAAGAGGCCGAGGAGCGGGAGGAUGACUUCGAGACGUUGGUGAAGACGUUGAACAGCGGUCGGAAGGGGGCAGGGAAGCGGGAGGAGGCGAUCGAGAGUGAGGAAAGUGAGAGCGAUGGGGAGGCGGAGGAGGAGGGUGAGGAUAGUGAUGUAGAGGAAGAGGAAGUUGAGGAACCAAGUAAGGAAGGAGACGAUGAGAUGGAGGUUGGUUCUGAAGAUGAUUCUGGUGAGGAUUCGGAGGAGGAAGUUGAUGGUGUGGAUUCAGAGGAAGGAUCGGAAGACGAGGAAGGCAUCGAGGGGGAUCCGUACAUGGCUCACAUUAGCCACAACAUCAGUCCACAGCUGUUGGAGUCGAUAUCGGCAAGUCCGGCUGUGGUCCAGAAGAGCACAAUUAAGUUUAAGAAGCUGGGGCAGUUGAUGAUCGAAAUUCCUAAGGAUCGUAGCAAGGAAAGUAAGAAAUCUGCACUAUUGGAGGACGAGGAAACAUAUGCCCCCGAAGGAACGAUUCCGAAGGCUUUGAACCUGGCUGAGUUGGAUCCUAAGAAGCUUUUCCUCAAGGAAAGGAUCCAACGUCAUCUAGAGGAACCGAUCUUCACCGAACUGCAGGCCGAAUGUUUUUCAAUCUUGAACAACUACCAGGACUUGUACUAUCCUUUGAGGUCUUUGGACAAUGGGGAAUCCUUGCGAUCCGUCUACUGCCUGCACGCGUUGAAUCACAUUAUAAAGUCCACAUCGAAGAUCCUUCAUCACAAUUUGAAGUUGGCCGAAGCGGCCAACAGUAAGAAGCAGAAGAAAAAGAUCAAGAACGCGAUCAGCUCCGCUCAAGAAUACCGCGAUCAAGGCCUGGUUCGCCCGAAAGUGCUCAUUGUGGCGCCCUUCCGGAGUUCAGCAUUGAAGAUCGUUGAAACUCUGAAGAAGCAAUUCGCCGGAGACGAAGCCAAGGCCGUUACGAACUACAGUCGUUUCCAGGCCGAGUACGGAGGGCAAACGCUCUACUUUCCGAAGCACAACCCAAAGCCGGAGGACUACGAACGGGUAUUCUCCGGCAAUACGGACGAUAACUUCCGGAUCGGCAUCUCGUUCAGCAAGAGUUCCAUGAAGCUGUACACCAAGUACUACAACUCGGACCUGAUUCUGGCGUCCCCGUUGGGUCUUCGAAUGACCAUUGGUGCUGAAGGCGAAGCCGAGCGGGACUACGAUUUCCUGUCGUCUAUCGAGCUGCUCAUCCUGGACCAGGCGGAGAUCUGCAUGGCCCAGAAUUGGGAUCACGUGGUCCACCUGAUGGACCACCUUCAUCUCCAACCUCAGAGUACAGAACACACGGACUUUUCACGGGUUCGCUACUGGUGCCUUAACGGGUGGUCUCGCUUCUACCGCCAAACGCUGCUUCUAUCUUCGCACGAUCUUCCGGAGUUCCGUUCCAUCUUCAACAGCAAGUGUGCCAACUAUCGGGGGAAAAUCCGCGCCGCCAAUCCAGUCAAAGCGGGUUCCAUUCGACACGUUGUCGUCCAGGUCCCUCAGACCUUCCACCGCAUCGAGGUGACCUCCCUGGACCAGUCCUUCGAUUCCAAGUUCCAGCACUUCACAACGGUGCUUCUUCCCCAGCUGCGAUCCAUCACCAUGGCUCGUUGCCUCAUCUACGUGCCGUCCUACUUCGAUUACGUUCGUCUACGAAACUACUUCAAAAAGGAGGAGCUCAGCUUCGUUCAGAUCUGCGAGUACUCCAAGGACGCCAAAAUCGCCCGAGCCAGGGACAUGUUCUUCCACGGCAGCAGCCACUUCCUUCUCUACUCCGAGCGAUCGCAUUUCUUCCGCCGCCCACGCAUCAAGGGCAUCCGCCAUCUGGUGUUCUACCAGCUUCCGGCCUAUCCGCAGUUCUACGCCGAAAUGAUCAACCUGAUGGCCAACGAGUAUCAGAACCGGAAGGACGGGAUCGAUGCCAGCGCCAUGACCGUCACCGUGCUCUACACCAGGUACGAUUUGUUGCGAUUGUCUGCCGUGGUCGGGUCCGAACAGGCGGCCAAGAUCGCCGCCAGCCCGAAGGCGGCGCACACGUUUACCACCCACAAGUAGAAUAAACGAUUUCAUUGUUUAGGUAA